AUGAAAUCAUUAUCUGCUUCCAAAUACAAUCAUAACAAUACGAGCUUUACAACACCUGAAAAAAAGUCAAAUAAAAGUAGAUAAAAUACACAGUCCACUAUGAAACUAAGUGGUGAAAUGAUGUCCGUUUAAAGUUAUUUAUAUGAAUAAGCUCAUCUCAAAGAAGAAGCCUCUAAAAAAGAGAUCAUUAGACUCAUUAGAUUAGUCAUAGAUAGUCUAGAAAAGAAUAGAAAUAUAAAAGAAUUAAAUGAAUAACACACUAAAUUAAUAAUUGGUUUGAGAACAUGUAUUAAUUAAUAAGAAGUAUCAAGUUACAUCAUUUAAUUAAUUUAAAUCAUUCGAGAAAUUACCAAUAAUCAACAAUUUAAAAAAGAAAUCUAAACUGAAAAUGAUAAAGCAAUUCUAAUUAAAAGAAUACACGAAUUAGAAUUAUAAGCCUAAGAAACUUAAUGGCAAUUCGAAAUGAAAAUUAGAGAUCAUCAAGCAACAUAGAAGAUUAAAUAAUAUUAAGAUGAAUUAGAGCAAAUCAAAAAGUAUAAAAAAGAGACUUAAAUCUCAAAGCCUUAAUGCAAUUCUCCUCAAAAUAUUGAAUUAAAAAAUCAAAUCAAACUCAUGCAAUAAAAAAUACAAAGCUUAUCUGAAAAAGAAAAGAAGUUGAUUCAAUUAGUAAAAGCAGUCAAAUCUAGAGGUAUUGAUGUUGAACAUAUUUAUAAAAACAUCAAUCAAAUAUCAAGUCGAAACAGUAGAAUAACUAAAGAUGAAACAAUAACUGACUUUGUUGAUAGUUCCCAUUCAGAUUUUGCAGACAUUUCAUAAUUAGAUGCUGGCCAAACUUUAAUCAAAAGAAAUCAUAAAUUUUUAUUUGAUUGAUUAUUUUCAUUUCUACACAUUUAUUUAGUAUAAUCAUAAACAAAA